UAUACAUAGUGGCUUCUAAUUGAUCCAAUUGAUCAUCCUCAUUCUCUAAAUCCUACUUUAUCACCCUUUCCUCCUUCUCCCCAUCUUCCAUCUUUCACUUCUUUCUACCACUUUUAGGUUGUCCACCCCCCAAUCUUCAAGAUGUAUGUCAAGAAGCGUGACGGACGCCAGGAGCGUGUCCAGUUCGACAAGAUCACUGCUCGAGUCUCUCGAUUGUGUUACGGUCUCGACACCGACCAUGUCGACCCAGUUGCCAUCACCCAGAAAGUUAUCUCUGGUGUCUAUGGAGGCGUCACUACAGUACAACUUGACGAUCUCGCAGCCGAGACCGCCGCGUACAUGACCGUUACCCAUCCAGACUAUGCCAUCUUGGCCGCACGUAUUGCCGUGUCCAACCUCCACAAACAAACCAAGAAGCAAUGGUCCUCAGUCAUCAGUGACCUCUAUCACUAUGUGAACCCAAAGAACAGAACGCCUUCUCCCAUGAUCUCCAAGGAGACAUACGAAUGCGUUAUGAGACACAAGGAGGACUUUGACUCUGCCAUCGUCUAUGACAGAGAUUUCAACUACCAAUACUUCGGCUUCAAGACACUGGAGCGAUCCUACCUGCUUAAACUAAACGAUAAGAUCGUGGAGAGACCGCAGCAUAUGAUCAUGCGUGUAGCCGUCGGUAUCUGGGGCGAUGAUGUGGAGAGAGUUCUCCAGACCUAUAACCUGAUGUCAAGCAAAUAUUUCACACAUGCUUCACCCACUCUAUUCAAUGCCGGAACGCCGCAAGCACAGUUAUCAUCCUGCUUCCUCGUUGAUAUGAAGGACGACAGCAUUGAGGGAAUUUACGAUACCCUCAAGACUUGUGCCAUGAUCUCUAAGAUGGCUGGCGGUAUUGGCAUGAACAUCCACCGUAUUCGUGCUACCGGCUCAUACAUUGCCGGCACUAACGGCACCUCCAACGGCAUUGUGCCUAUGCUACGUGUUUUUAACAACACCGCAAGAUACGUCGACCAAGGUGGAAACAAGAGACCUGGUGCCUUCGCCAUCUACCUUGAGCCAUGGCAUUCGGAUGUCUUUGAGUUCCUGGACCUUCGCAAGAACCAUGGCAAGGAGGAAGUCCGUGCCCGUGAUCUCUUCCUUGCCCUCUGGAUUCCUGAUCUUUUCAUGAAGCGGGUUGAGAAGAAUGGCGAGUGGACUCUUAUGUGCCCUAACGAAUGCCCUGGUCUAGCCGACGUAUAUGGCGAUGAAUUUGAGGCUUUGUACGAGAAGUAUGAGGCAGAGGGCCGAGGCCGCCAGACGAUCAAGGCUCAGAAGCUUUGGUAUGCAGUCCUCGAGGCACAGACCGAGACUGGUAACCCAUUCAUGCUCUACAAGGAUCACUGUAACCGCAAGAGCAACCAGAAGAAUCUCGGUACUAUCCGCAGCUCAAACUUAUGUACCGAGAUCAUCGAGUACUCGGCCCCAGAUGAGGUCGCUGUCUGCAACUUAGCGUCCCUUGCGUUGCCAUCCUUUGUGGACUAUACCGCUGGCACCUACGAUUUCCAGAAACUUCAUGAAGUUUCUCAGGUCGUUGUCCACAAUCUAAACCGAAUCAUUGACGUCAACCAUUAUCCUGUGCCUGAAGCCCGUAACAGCAACUUGCGACAUCGUCCUAUUGGACUAGGUGUUCAGGGUCUCGCUGAUACCUUCUUGGCGCUACGCAUGCCCUUUGAGUCGCCAGAGGCUAGACAGUUAAACAAGCAAAUCUUCGAGACCAUCUACCAUGCUGCCUUGACGGCAUCUAUGGAAAUCGCUAAGGUAGAGGGGCCUUAUUCCACAUAUGAAGGCUCUCCUGCUUCACAGGGUAUCCUACAAUAUGACAUGUGGAAUGUCACCCCGUCCGAUCUCUGGGAUUGGGCCAGUAUCAAGGAGCAGAUUAAGCAGAACGGCAUCCGCAACAGCUUGUUGGUUGCUCCUAUGCCCACCGCCAGCACCUCCCAGAUCUUGGGUAACAAUGAAUGCUUCGAGCCUUACACUUCCAACAUCUACUCUCGUCGUGUUCUUGCUGGUGAAUUCCAGGUUGUCAACCCUUGGCUGCUAAAGGACCUAGUUGAUAUGGGUCUCUGGUCUGAUGCUAUGAAGAACCGCAUCAUUUCUGAGGGUGGUUCAAUCCAAAACAUUCCCAAUAUCCCCACAGAGAUCAAGACCCUUUACAAGACUGUCUGGGAAAUCUCUCAGAAGACCGUUGUCCAAAUGGCUGCCGACCGUGGUGCAUUUAUUGACCAGUCCCAGUCAUUGAACAUUCACAUGAGAGAGCCCACCAUGGGCAAGAUUACUAGCAUGCAUUUCACCGGUUGGAAGCUUGGCCUAAAGACUGGCAUGUACUAUCUACGUACUCAGGCUGCCGCGGCUCCUAUCCAGUUCACUGUGGAUCAAGAAGCUCUUAAGGUCACGGAUUCGGCCUCGGCAAAGACACUGAAGAAGCGUGCCCCUCCGGGUAACUACGUCUCUUCCACUUCUACGAGCCUAGCCAGACCCUCAUAUGCCAAACGGGAGGAUUCUAACAGUCUGGCUAUAUCGGCUCUUAACGGGGUCCCGACGCCUAGCACUACCCCACCUCCUGUCUCAGAGGCCAAAGUACCUCGACCAGUCGCCUCCCCGAACAAGGCUGCGCCAUUCAAGGCAGAUGUUGAGGAGGGCGAGAGUCCCAAGGCUUUAGCUACCGAACCAACAGAGAAGAUUAAGGACGAGGAACUUCCCGAGCCGGCUCUCAACGAGAAGAAGUCAGGCCAAGAUGAAGACAAGGAGGACAAGAGCAAGGAGCGUGAAUACGACAUUUACGCAGAUGCUGUUGUAGCUUGCAGCAUCGAGAACCCAGAAUCCUGCUUGAUGUGCAGUGGUUAAAGGGUCUAAUGAGGACAUAGAAACGAUUACGAUACGUGGCUAAUGAUGGACGUAAUGAGAAUUUGGGGUUUCUUGACCCCGACCUGGUUGGCAUAAUG